AUGUUGGGUUCCGUCAGUCUCUGCCAAGACAAAAAAGGCAGCGAGGAACAUAUGAUCGAGGAGCAAUCGUGCUGCUGCUCCUUCUGUCCCGAAAACUCAGAAUUUGCUUGUUCAAUUUGCCCCGCUGGAGGCUUCAACACUACGAUCGCAUUGCCCAAUUCUGCUGACAGAUCCUCAACGAUCUCCUUUCUCAAAAUCUCAAUUAUUUGCUUGGUGUUAGCUCUCUUAGCUAGUGUAUGUUCUUAUAAAAAGAAAAAAUUAUGUUUCAAAAGGUCCGAUGGGCCCGAUAAUGAUGAAAUGGAGCUAGCCGAAACUGGCAAUCUCAUUCUACAAGGUGGCAACACCGAGUCUACUAUGGUCAACCCAAAUCCUGACGGGUCGAGUUCUGGUCAAGGUGAAGCAGAACUCGUCGUGUCAACCAUCUCCCGCGAAAUUCGUCUUGGCUCUCUCGUAGGAAAAGGUCGGUACGGGAUCGUGUACAAAGGAACUUGGUCUGGAAAAGAUGUUGCUGCGAAGAUCUUCGACUCGCGCGAUGCGGAGAGUUGGAAGCGCGAGACGGAGAUUUAUUCAACGACGCUUAUCAAUCAUGCUAACAUCCUGCACUACAUUGCUCAGGACAACAAGGACGCUGGAAUCGCGCUCGAACUCUGGUUAAUCACGGACUAUCACGAGCGCGGCUCCCUUUUCGACUAUUUAAAGGGAAAUACCGUUUCCAUCGCUGACGCUUUGCUGCUUGCACACACCGCCUGCGCCGGAAUCGAGCACCUUCACAAGGAAAUCAACGGUACGCAGGGAAAGCCCCAGAUCGCGCACCGCGACAUCAAAUCCAAAAACAUCCUGGUCAAGAGCGACGGGGAAUGCGCCGUCGCUGAUUUUGGCCUCGCCGUCGUCUUCGACUCGCAGAAGCAACUCAUCGAUCUCCCGAAGGGCACAUCAGAGAAGUUCCUGGUGGGCACAAAGCGCUACAUGCCGCCAGAGUUGCUCUCUAACAAUUUCCGGGACGAGGACUUCAUGAGUUUCCGCCGCGCCGAUAUAUAUUCGCUUUCGCUCGUGCUUUGGGAGAUCGCCUCGCGCACGCAGCUCUACGAGGGGCACAUCCCGGCUGCUUACAAGCUGCCUUACGAAGACGACGUUUCAGCCGAACCCACGCUGCAAGCUAUGGAGCUCAUCGUCUGCCAGCAAAAGAUGAGACCUGCCUUCCCCUCUACCGAUGAGAUUGCUGCUUCUCCGGGACUGAAAUCGUGGGAGCGGCUUUGCAAAGUGAUCGCCGAGUGCUGGACGGAAGAGCCGACUUGGCGACUCAGUGCGUUGAAAAUGAAGAAGGGCUUGAGCCACGAAUACAAUGAAGUGCGACCCCAGCCGCAGUAG